AUGUCAAAUAUUACUACUCGUUCAAAAGCUAAAACAGCUGAUAAAAGAUCUUUAGACGACUCUGAAAUUGUUAAAGAAGUUUAUUCUGUUGAUAAAGAUAUACAAAACAACACAAUAAACGAAGAAUUUAAUAGGCCCAAUAAGAUUAGAAACAUAGAAACUCUUGAUAAUACAGAAGCAAUGGAAAUAGAAUUUGAAAAAAAUUCUUCUUCGUCUCAAUCAUCAGUAUCACAUGACUUAAACAAAGGAUCUACAAGUGAACCAAUGGAAACAGACAAAGAAAAUAUUACUCCUUUGAGUGAUCAACACAAUAACUCUAAUCCCAAUAAAGGAAAAGCAACGGAGACAUUACAAAUUGAACAAAUUGACUAUAACGACUCUGAAACACAAAAUUCAGCCACAGAAUCUUUUUCAGUUUUCAUCGCAAAAGAUCAAUUUCCAAAUGAAGGAAAUAACUUCGAGAUAAGAAAAAAAAUAAGGGACGCAUUUUCCAACCAUAUUAAUGAUAUCAAUAAAAUCAAUUGGGAAAAACACCAAUAUCUCACAGUCUUUAUUAUAGAAUUUUCUAGAAAAGAAAUUUUUGAAAAAUACGUUAGUAAACGUCACCUUAUUUUAAAUGCUAUUAUACACCCAUACGACUCCUCAAACAUUGAGGCAUAUAUACAAAGAGAUGUAGAAAAUCAAGCAAAAAAUUCAGUUAAACUAAUAGAUGUUCCGAUAUUUUAUGAAACUGAAGCACUCUUAAAAAACAUAAUUAAUAUAACUGGAAAAGAAAUCAAAAAUUUUCACUCAAAUGAAAAAAAACUUAUACAGAAAUUUGAGUUUGAAAUGAAACGAUACAGAAAUAACAACCAAGGCCGUAGAAACGGCAGAUUUGCCCCCAAACUACCACAAUAUAAGACAGUAUAUAUUGAAUUCAAAACUGCAGCAGGUGCUAAAUACUUAAUGGACAAAGGAUGGUCCUUAGAUAUUGAAGAUUUUAACAUUAGAAUCUUACCAACUAACAAUAAUCACGAGGCUUACUUAAAACGUACGUCAAAAGGAUAUAAAAUAACUGGUCUUCCUAAUAAUACGAACGUAAAAGAUAUGACUAAAAUAAUAACCCUCAUAAAUGGAGAAACUUGUUCAAUUCCCAAAGCCAAGACUAGAUUUUGUUCUAAAAUAGCAUACGUCAUGGUUGAUCCCAAAAAUUUUGAAGAUAAAAUUAAAAAAAUCACCGCAUUCAAUACAUCAUUAUAUAUUAUUCCACUUGAUAAUAACGUUAAAACUUGUAUACAAUGUGGCUCACCUGAACACAUGAUACAAGAAUGCAACUCUGAACAUACUAUUUCGCCUAAUGGACAAAAAUUCUUCAAACCCAUCAAUAUCCCUCGUAACACUGCUAAAAUAGUGGUUAGUAAAAGCAUAUCUGAAAAUUAUGGAUCUCUUAUGAAGAUCAAUGAAGAUUUCAAUAGACAAAAAAUUUCAAAAACAUCAACCAAACCUAAUCAACCAACCAAUAGAAACUCAAACCAACAACAACAAUGGGCCCAACGCCAAAUGAUUUAUAACAAUCAACCAAUUUCUCCUACACGCCCUAGACAGAAUAUCAACAAUCAACCAAAUAAUAAUAACAAUAACAACGAUUGUAACUCAACUCAAAUUUCUUUCGAUAUUGCUACCUUAAAUGACAAAAUGAAAUGGGCUGAAAAAAUGAUUAAAGAUUUAGAAAAACAGGUAGACGAUCAAAAAAAAGAAAUUGAACAACUUAAAGUAUUUGCGAAAGAAGUCUCCGCACACAAUAAUUACGUUAAAGAAUCCAUGGAUAAAAUGGUUAAUUUCCAACAGACUAUGUCUGAAAGAGAUAUUGUUAAAGACGCUCAACUCAAAGAAAUUUUAAUUGCAGUCAUAGGACAAUCACACCAUCAACCUCAAGAAUAUCAUCACCAAGAAGAGCAGUUACAAAUACAAUACAUCCCUGAACAAAAUCUGAAUCCUCAAAUGCAAUCGAACCAACCAAGACGAAAUUCCAAAGAAGGAAGAAUUUCGCCAUCAUACCAACAAUACAAUACGCCACAACACAAAAUAUACCAGUUCAAUAACUACAAUCAAGAACAUCAUGAAAUGAUUAAUAGCGAAUAUUAUAACGCUAAUUCACAAUCGAAUGAAGGAUGGGACGAAAAUUAUGGUAGUUCAUCAUCCUUACAUACACCUUCUUCUGCAUCUUAUAAUAAUGAAACUGAAGAUAUAUCACAAGAAGAGCGUUUAAGUCAAUACGGCAACGAAUACAAUAACCACGAUCAAGAUAAUGACGUUUCAUCACAAGAACAAAGCAAAGGAUUUACAGGAUAUAUAAAAUCCCUUGUCCGUUAAAUUCCAUUCAGUACAAGUAUAUAUCUCUCAAACUAUCAGGGUGGACUAAUGAUGGACAACAAUAUUAAUAAUACCGAUCAGCCUCU